CCCACUGUGACGUCACCACGCCCGCGCUCACAGACUGGUUGUCAAGGUGACAAAGCCUCGUGCACUGCGCGUGACAGGCGGCGCCCGGGGUGGGAUUUACCAUAGAGAGGGCUAAUUACCAUAGAGCGGAAAGAGCGGCCGCCAAUUACCAUAGAGCGGAAAGAGGUGCGGCUACGUGCCAUACAGAGGGGAAGGCGGCGGCGAAUCAGCCGAGAGGAGACUGUGUGUUCAGAUCGCAUUGCUGAUGGAUGUGUACUCAAAGCUACACCUAAAAUAGCCCAAAUACAUGUUUUCCUGAUUUUUAAAAGAAUAAAGAAAACUGAAAAUGUGUGAAAAUUAAAUAACCAAAGCUAUUGGUGAUCACAUAUGAAACGAGUAAAAGGAUUCAGCCACACAGAAAAUAGCAUAUAAAAAGAGACUAUACAACCCUUAAAUAUCUUUGAGUGACUGAAGAAGGAAAUCUGAGAAUUUAUACAGUGACCGUUAAAAUUAUGGAGAAUUCAACAUGUGAAGCAGGAAAUUGUAAAGAUACACCCCAAGGAGGUAGACCAUCUACUAUUAAAAGAUCAACCAGUUGCACAGUUCGAAGGUUGAGUAACAUUGUUGUGUACACACACAUGGGACAAAUACAAAAAGAGUACAUUGUGGAGGAAUUGAAUGAUGACGGAAAUCUCUCUGAUACGGACAUAUCUGAAUCCAUAGUACAAACACAGACAGAAUGUGUAACUACUUCUAGCAAGAAUGCACUAACUUUGGAUGAAGAAAGUGCGGCAGACGGUUACAGUGACUCAACUAUGGAAAUUAUAACUGUUAAUGUUACAGACCGUAUCAGUGAUGACAAUGAUGCACAAAGAACACACAAGGAGCCGCCAUUAAAUAAGCGUAGAGGGGAUGGUAAGAACCGUAAUAAAGGUGGUAAAACUGAGAAACAAACUCAGACCUCCGUAAAAUGUCUGAAAAGUGUUACUAGCAAAUCAAAUAAGACGGGACAAGAAGCCCAGAAUGUGGCUGUACCUGAAUGUGUAAAACAGGAAAUUAAAACAGAGGAAUUAUCAAUUGAUAUCAAAAAUUUAACCGGGAACUCAGCAACUGUUAAACAGAGAGGCAACAAGCGUGACCAGCGCUUUAUAUGUAAUGACUGUGGGAAAUGUUACAAUAGCCAUUAUAAUCUACUCGUCCAUCAGAGAAUUCACACGGGGGAAAACCUCUCUGCGUGUGCUCAGUGCGGCAGGUGUUUUACCAAUAAAAGAAUUCUUAGUAUACAUGAGAGAAUUCAUACGGGAGAGAAACCAUUCUCCUGUUCAGAUUGUGGGAAACGUUUUGCUGAUAAGUCAAACCUUGUUGCGCAUCAGAGGAUUCACACUGGCAAUAAACCAUACUCCUGUAUGGUAUGUGGGAAGUGUUUUACUGAUAAGUCCAACCUCAUUGCACAUCAGAGGAUUCACACAGGAGAGAAACCUUUCAAGUGUUCUGAGUGUGGGAAAGGCUUUUCACAUAAUGUUAAUCUUGUGACACAUCAGAGAAUUCACAGAGGCGAUCGGCCCUACGCUUGUUCUGAAUGUGGAAAAUGCUUUACUGAUAAGUCAAAUUUUGCCAAACAUCUAAGAAUCCACAUAGGAAAAUCUAAUGCUACGUCCUGAAUAAGCAAUGUCUCAUUUACUUUUAGUUUACUACUACUAGCUGUUAGUGUUAUAUAGCUUACUGUUCCAUAUACACAUUUACCGAUAUGUUUGGGUAUUAAUAAAGUACAUUGAAAUGAUAUCACUACAUGUAAGGACUAGUUGUAUUUACAUCAAUAUCAAUCAGAAGCUAUGUAAUGCCAUUCCGUGGAUAUAUUCGUAUAUAGUGUCAGAACCCAGCUAAGGUUCUAAUUAAAGGGGAACUUAUACGUACACAAGGUUCUUUACUAAAAUCAGGAUUCUAUGUGAAUUUGAAAUAUAAGGUCAAAUUAACCAAAUUGGAAAACAUUCUGUUAAAAUUCACUUUGAUUUCUCACUAUAGUAAAUGGUCCUGCCUUUUGUACAUUUACAACAAACUAACUACACAUUAGCUAUGUGAUAUGUUUUGUUGCAGGAGUUCCAAUGUUGUGCUUUCAGAUCCUUGCAAAUGACAUGAAUCAGUUUGUCAUACAUUCUUACUCUGCUGCAC